GCUGUUAACCUGCAAACUUCUGAUUUCUUUUUAGUAAAAUUCUAAUAUUUCCAUCGAAGCGAAAUAACACCAAAGCUCCAUUAAUGACUAACGAUGGUCUACCAUUUCAAGGGACUCGAUCCAAAGAGAAUUUGAGGGAGAGAGAUAGUUUGGGCCCCACAUCUACCAUGGUGUUCUGUGCCUACGGCCAGAGAGAGUGCCACUUUGCAGCCAUGGCUUGCCGGCGAGGGCAGCAACCCCAACGCCGCCACCACCACCACCACUGACGGAACCACCACAGCCGCUGCAUGCGCCCAUUUGUCACACGCGACGGUGGACGUAGAAACCCGAACUGCCUAAUGGCGCCCUCCCACCUCCCCUCACGCUCUUCCUCGCCCAUCCCUUCCCCUCCAAGUAUGGAUCCCUCCUUCCGUCCCUCCACCACCAGCACCACCUCCACCCGACGCGUUUCUCUUCUCCUCCCAAAAAGUGGAUCCUCCCCAUUGGCUCCGUCGUCUCUCUCUCCACCCACCCCACCUCAUUUCCCAACAUCACCACCACCACCACCAGUACCACUACCACCACCACCACCACGACCACCGUUCCACCCCCACCGCCACCACCACCAUCAAGACCACCUCCUCUUUCAGCCAUUCUUCCCAUGCCUUCUGUCUCCUUUCCAUAUUGCUAAAAUGUGGUUGGAUACUCCUCCAUGCCUCGACUCUCCGUCCUCUCCACAACCCACGCCUUCGCCUUUUGAUGCCUUUCUGACCCUGCCCACCAAUGAUCACUUCCCCUUUCCGUCCCCUGAUUACUCAAAUUACUUGCACCCGCUCAUGGACACCACCAUUACUGGUGGCGUUCCCGAGCAGCCUCCUGAUCCCAAUCUGAGUUCCCACUAUCUCGGUGGUGGCGAUGAGAAGGGUGGUGGUGACGGCGGCGAAGGCGGCGGCGUCGGAAACUCGUGGUCAUUCGGUCUGUCUAUAACGAGGGCAGCGAGGAGCAAGAGAAGGAUAGCAAGAAAAAACAGCCCGAGCUUUUCUCGUUUCAUCAGAAGCAGCAAGUCUCCCUCUUGGAAGGCUGGCAAAACAAAGAAGAAAGAGGCAAAUGGCACCAAAAAGAGGCAUUUGGUCCUUCAAGAUCAUUCUUUCAACAAAAAUUUAAAAUUGCUGCUACAGAAGGAGCUGAAGAAUAGUGAUGUAAGCUCUCUUGGAAGAGUUAUAAUACCAAAGAAAGAAGCAGAGGCAAAUCUUCCAUCGCUUGCAGACAAGGAAGGCAUCCGGAUCAAAUUCAAGGACAUGGAGAGCUCCCAAGCUUGGAACUUGAGAUACAGAUUUUGGCCAAACAAUAAAAGCAGGAUGUAUGUUCUGGAAAAUACAGGAGAUUUUGUAAGGAAAUAUCAUCUUCAUAGUGGAGAUUUUAUCCUGCUCUUCCGGGAUGAAGAAACUCAGCAAUUUUUUAUAUCGGCGAGAAAAUCAGAGGAAUCAAUGCCCUCUUCUCAAGAUUGGAUUGAUGAAGAUUUAUCUGCGGAGCAGAGUGAUCAGUUGGUUCUCUCAGACGCUUCAAGCGACCAUGACCAAAACGUUGGCGAGCGUACUGUAGCCACCGAAGGUAACAGCAGCAAAGGCGACGUUGGGUUGAAGUUGGUGAGAGAACCAUCUUCAGAAUUUGGAGGAGAAGAUGGUGCUGAGUUCUCAGACGAUAUGUUUGGUAGCUGCAGCUCCAUAAUGUCAUCCAUGAGCGAACUCUACGACUGGAACUUCAGCUCGCUGGAGAAGUUUGACAGCUUCGAGGACAUUGAUCUCUCCCUUUACAACGAGACGGUGGACAUGGACGAUUUUGAUGCCAAGAAACUAGGCUAGACAGUCACCGCUCUCUUCCUCUCGCUCUCUCUCUGCCUCUGUGUCUGGACGUCUAUGUUGUAGCAGUAAGUUGUUUGGCAGUGUAUGGUAUUACAGGUAAUAAUUUGCUCAUCUCCUUGGUAGGAAAGACAGAAAUGUGUCGCCUAUAGCGGUGGGUGCUCCUUUUGAACUGCAUCUCUUCUUGCUUUUGAGAUGUUGGGUGCCAGGGAGUUCAAGAAGCAACAUACCUCUAGGAAGAAGUAGAGAUUUUAAAGGUUCAUUUCUAAGAAACUUGCUCAAGAGAUGGGUAUGGGAU